GCCGCACCGGAAAGAGCAGGUCCUGUGCUAGCUAACGGAACACGACUCCGCGCUGAUGAUGGCAGGCGGCUCCCUGUCAACAGUCUAGUUAUCGCUGAAACGAAAAGUGUCGGUGUCUCCCCGUCGUCUUCUCACACCAGUUGUCGCAGGUGCAGCCGAACAAGGCUGCAGUGUUAUGGAUGAACCAUGAAGGCCCAACUGCAAGUCACGGUGCUUUCAGCCAGGCUGAAGGAAAACAAAAAGAACUGGUUCGGCCCCAGUCCGUAUGUUGAGGUAGCUGUGGACGGCCAGUCAAAGAAGACAGAGAAGUGCAACAACACGCACAGUCCCAAAUGGAAGCAGGCUCUCACAGUAAUUGUGACUCCGGUCAGCAAACUGAUCUUUCGUGUUUGGAGCCACCAGACACUGAAGGCUGAUAUCCUGCUGGGGAUGGCCACACUGGAAAUCCUUGAGACCCUCAGGAGUAAUGAACUGAAAUUGUGUGAGGUGGUGCAGACACUGCAGCUGAGCUCCGACAGGGACCCCAAGGAUGUCGUAGGUGACCUGUCGGUCUGUCUGGACGGCAUGCAGGUGGAUCCUGAAACCUUGGCCCAAGCAGAGACAGAACAUGCUGCUGUUCAAAAUGGAACUGCGAAACAAAAUGGAGACACUGGAAACAGGUCAAGCAGAGACACGUCUCCCUCCAGUGACUCUGAGGACUGGGUAAUAGUACCAAAUGGUCAUGCUGUCAAUGGAACUGCUUCUCCACCGCGGUCACCAGGGGGCUCCACUGGCUCGCGUCCUCCCAGACCAAACCGUCCUCCUCCUCCAACGCCUCGCAGACCUGCAGCCUCACCAACCUCUUCUAGCAGUUCCUCCCCUAGCGAGCUGAGUGAAGCCCCAGCCUCUGAUGGCUCCUCUCAGGUGUCUGCCAGUGGAGGUUCAGAUCAGCAGGAUGACUCGGGGGCAGCGACUGCAACUUCCCCACCAACAGCAUCUGGUCCCAAACCAGAGGCCACAGCGCCAGCUGCUGUGGCUGCUGCAACUCCAAGAGUCACACCCAUCAGCAACGGCCCCUUGGCACCAGGGUGGGAGCAAAGGGUGGAUCAAAACGGUCGGAUGUACUAUGUGGAUCACAUUGAGAAAAGGACAACCUGGGAGAGACCUGACCCGCUGCCUUCAGGGUGGGAGCGCAGGGUGGACCCGAUGGGAAGAGUGUACUACGUCGACCACAUAACCAGAACCACUACGUGGCAACGUCCCACACAGGAGUCAGUGCGUAACUAUGAGGAGUGGCAGCACCAGCGCAGCCAGCUGCAGGGAGCCAUGCAGCAGUUUAACCAGAGGUUCAUUUAUGGGCUCCAAGACCAGUUGGCAACUACAGCCAAUAAAGAGUUUGACCCACUGGGACCUCUGCCACAUGGUUGGGAAAAGAGAACAGACACCAAUGGCAGAGUGUAUUUUGUUCAUCAUCCAACUCGUAUGACACAGUGGGAGGACCCCAGGAGGCAAGGGCUGCUGAAUGAUAAACCUCUGCCAGAGGCUUGGGAGAUGAGGUUCACUGUGGAUGGCAUUCCGUACUUUGUGGACCACAACAGACGAACCACAACCUACAUUGAUCCUCGCACAGGGAAAUCUUCACUUGAGAAUGGGCCACAGAUAACCUAUGUCAGGGACUUUAAAGCCAAAGUGCAAUACUUCAGGUUCUGGUGUCAGCAAAUGUCAAUGGCUCAGCACAUCAAGAUUACCGUCAGCAGGAAAACCUUGUUUGAGGAUUCCUUUCAACAGAUCAUGAGCUUCCACCCUCAAGAUCUGAGGCGGAGACUGUGGAUCAUUUUCCCCGGGGAGGAGGGCUUGGACUAUGGUGGUGUGGCAAGGGAAUGGUUUUUCUUGCUGUCUCAUGAGGUACUGAACCCCAUGUACUGUUUGUUUGAGUAUGCUGGCAAGGACAACUACUGUCUGCAGAUCAACCCGGCCUCUUACAUCAACCCUGAUCACCUGAAGUACUUCAAGUUCAUAGGACGCUUCAUUGCCAUGGCCUUGUUCCACGGGAAGUUCAUCGACACAGGCUUCUCUCUGCCCUUCUACAAGCGAAUCCUGAACAAACCCCUUGCUCUCAAAGAUCUUGAGUCCAUAGAUCCAGAGUUUUACAACUCCCUCAUAUGGAUCAAGGAUAAUAACAUAGAGGAGUGUGGUCUGGAGAUGUUCUUCUCAGUCGACAAGGAGAUCCUGGGGGAGGUGACCACCCAUGAGCUGAAACCAGAUGGAGGGAACGUCCAAGUAACAGAGGAAAACAAGGAGGAAUACAUCAGGUUGGUGGCAGAGUGGCGGCUGUCCAGAGGUGUGGAGGAGCAGACUCAGGCGUUCUUUGAGGGCUUCAAUGAAGUCCUGCCCCAACAAUAUCUUCAGUACUUUGAUGCUAAAGAAUUAGAGGUGAUGCUGUGUGGAAUGCAGGAGAUCGACCUGGUGGACUGGCAGCGAAGCACAAUCUACCGGCAUUAUGCCCGAAGCAGCAAGCAGAUUCUCUGGUUCUGGCAGUUUGUGAAGGAGAUGGACAAUGAAAAGAGGAUGAGACUGCUGCAGUUUGUCACAGGAACCUGCCGCCUUCCUGUUGGUGGCUUCGCUGACCUGUUGGGAAGCAACGGUCCCCAAAAGUUCUGCAUUGAGAAAGUGGGCAAAGACAACUGGCUUCCACGAAGCCACACAUGCUUUAAUCGUCUGGACCUCCCUCCUUACAAGAGCUACGAGCAGAUGAAGGAGAAACUCAUGUUCGCCAUAGAAGAGACUGAAGGCUUUGGGCAGGAGUGAUGCAAUAAGAGAAGGAGCUGCAGGAAGGGCUGGAGGAGCCAUUUCAGACGAGAGCACUCUCCAACAGAUUCUGCCUGCAGCCAGGAGCUGCUAAUAACUGGUAGAUGGAUGUAACAAGUUUUUUAUUUACGUCCACAUCGCCAUAUGCAGCCACAGCUGAUUCUGAGCUGUUUAGUGAGACAGUUUCACUUGAGUUUGCAUCACACAAGACCUAAAGUGAAUCCUUCUCACCCUGUUUCACUUCUCACGCAUCAGUUGCUCCCUAAUCCAGAUGAUCUUACUCAUCCCUGUUCAGCCCAUCAUCAGGCGAUGGAAGAGAAGAGAGACGCCUUUCUCACUCUGUCAUGUCUGCACUCGCUGCGCAUUACGCAAGUGCAGUUUCUACAUGUGCUACCCGUGAAUCUCUGCAGUAGUAACUUCUUAGCAGCCGCCUUUUCGGGGUCUAUGCAGAACGAAACAUUUCAGAGCAAAGAACCAUACUUGUGUGUUUUGACUUGAAAUAAAAAGCUUCAUAUCUCAAAGCGACGCAAAGGGCACAUAUAUGGUUUUGGAUCUGUCAGACUCUGUUUUAAUUUUUCCUUUUCCAAAGGAUGGACGGAUGAUUUUUCUCCACAUGAUUGGACUGACCCAUAGCACAUGUGAAAUUUCUUUUAACAACUUUUAUAAUUAUAAUCAUGCUAACUGUAAUAAUUAUUUUACAGGUUUAAUUUGUUAACUUAAUGAUAAUGAGAUCAAACUUUGAACAUAGCUAAGCAGUAAGACCAUUGUGAUUGUUCUUAAGAAAGGUUGUAUUUUUUAUGUGCAAUAGUUUUGUAGAAAACGUUUGCCAGUUAUAGAGCCAAAAAGUGAUUUGUUUCAUCAUUUUAAUAACAAUAUUGAAGUUAAAUUCCCAACAUGAAAUAUGGUGAAACUACUACGGAUGUGAUUUGCUUUGAUGAACUUUGCCUUCCCUAAAUCUGUGCUGUGUAUUAUUACAUCAGCCUGUUUGACCAUAAUAGAAACUCCCUUUAUGAGUGCGGAAGUCUCUUGAUAGUUACGAGCUGGCACUGAUGAUGUGGGAGCAUUUGGACAAAUAAAUAACGACAUGUGCCCACGGACUGGUAGCCAAUUCUCUGGUAGUUAUCCUGAACUAAGCAUCAUAGAUCACUGAUUUAAGACACAGAAACUUGUACUCGUGAAGGGACUAAAGCAGUUUUUGUAAAUAUCCUUGCAUAUAGUUGACACAAGCAGCGGACCCCCUUGAGUUGCAAGCUUAAACUGAUCAGUAGGAUUUGAAUUAAUAUAAUAGUAAUUAUCCCUAGUUUUAUAGGGUGUGAGGUAUUAAGAUUUGUACAGAGAUAGAUCAUUUCAUGUCUUUUUCCAAAAAUAGCUCCACUAAUGUCAAACAACAAAGUUUUCUUUUAGUUUCAGGAGUUUGAUUUUGAUCGAACAUCUAUGGAAUCGAUCCACCAAAGUUUUUUUUUUUUCAUUAAUUUUAUGUAAACCAUUUGACUUGUAAGUGUAAGUCAUCAACAGUUAUUUACAUCCUCUGAAUUAUAACAUAUUUAAUAUCGGUUGUAUUUUACCCACUAAGUUUCUGUUAUUUUUUAAAAUACUGAUUUGUCCUUUUAGGCACUUUUAAAUAAUCGGGUAUUAAAAUUCCUAGACCUGCUUCAUCACUGUGGAUUUGAAAGAUUUUCUUACCAGGCCUAUCACAAUAAUGGAUUCGUAUUCAUACACGAUAUUAACUUGUGUCCCUACUGUGUAUUCAUGGGUCUUGUUGGGUAAUAUGAACGGAGCCAAAUUAAUGAAUUGUAAUGUGAUAUUUUUUUAAACGCUAGUAAACUGCUCUGUAUUGUGUAUAGGUGGCGUGGUGCAUCCUUACAUGAUGAAAUUUCUAUAUGUAUCCCACAUCUCUGAAAAUUCAUUAAUACAAUUUGAAUUUCAGCAGCGUUCCCUUCAGUUUCCAGCUAAAUGCAAAAGGCUUUUUUUUUUCUUUUUUUUUUCAUACCAUUUCUUUUCAUGAGGCUGAUACAAAAUAUGCUGGUUGUUCUUUUACUGAUUUAAUCUCCAUCAUUGAUCUGACAGGUGUACUGACCCUCAGGAAAUACCAGUUUUGGCUUAAUAGUUAAUUGCGUCAGAUGAGUCGCAUCACACCGCCUGGAUUCGUUCACUGGCGAUGAUUCAAUAUACAAACACACCUACAAACUCCGUGUGUAGCUACCAGUGCCCCGGCUUGUAAAGAGAUUAUUAUCUUAUAAAUAAUUGUGAUUUAAAAUGUUGAACCUGUUGACAGAUUACAACUAGUGACGUAGCACCUUGACUUUCAAAACUGGCUGAAUUAACCACUUCACUGUUUUUAAUCACUGCUGUGUUUGUCACCAUUUGGCAGUUAAAUGUAUAGAAAUAUGCAAAAUGGUGUUUUUAGUUGUGACGAUUACCUUGUAAAUCAUGUUGAUAGUUUUUCUUUUUUUUUUUUUAAGCUGAAGCUUUGUUUGGAUAAGUGAAGGUCAGUGGUGGAAUACUAUUUAUUUGGAGAAUGGGUUUCAUGUGACAAUGAACUGGAUUGAUUGAGGAAAAAAACUGUAAUAAAAUGAUAUUAACACUGGGCUCCUGUA